AUGGUUGUUGACACUACUUAUUAUGAUCUCUUGGAGGUGACUCCGACAGCCACUGAUCUGGAGAUCAAGAAAAGCUAUCGGAAAUUGGCAAUAAAAUAUCACCCGGACAAGAAUCACGGCAACGAGGAAGCAGCAGAAAUAUUCAAAAAAGUCAGCGAGGCGUACCAAAUCUUAAGUGAUAAGCAGUUGCGUGCUAAAUACGACCAGCAUGGACUCAGUGAGGUGCGCGAGAGCAGCGAAAUGGCUGAUCCCGAGCAAUUCUUCGACCAAAUUUUUGGUGGCGAGGCAUUUUUGGACUACAUUGGAGAGCUCACGUUGUUCAAAAAUUUAUCGAAACAGUAUGAACUGGAGGCUGAGGAGGAGGCUCGUCAGAAUGCAGCUCCUAGUGGUAGUCUAAAACUAGAAGACGGGAAAUACGCAGACCUGAGCGAGGAACAAAAGCUCAAGAUGAUGAAGAAAGAACAAGAAAGAGUGAAGAAAGAGGAGCAGGACAAGUUGGACGAGGAGAGCAGGCAACGCAAGGAAGAGAUCAAGAAGGAACUAGUGAAGAAGCUCACUGCUAAGCUCUCUUUGUACACAGAAACAGACAAGUCGGACGAUAUAAUUCGCUCGUUCAAGAGCAAGUUCCAGUUGGAAGCCGAGAACCUCAAAAUGGAGUCCUUUGGCUUGGAAAUUCUCCACACGAUAGGGUCUAUAUACAUUGCAAAGGCCAACAUAUUUAUGAAAUCGCACAGGACGUUUUUGGGGCUUGGUGGUUGGAUGGGAUCUCUUAGGGAGAAGGGAGGAAUCAUCAAGGAUACAUUUAGAACUAUCAGUAGUGCUCUUGAAGCGCAAAGCACGAUGCAAGAGCUGGCGAAAAUGACUGAGAAGCGGGAGCAAAUGCAAAAGAGCGAAGAAGCUGGCGAAGAGACGUCGGAUUCAGCAGAUAAGAAAGACGACGGAAAGGAUGAUUCCAAAGAUUCCAAGGAUACAAAAACUCCCAAGGAGGAAAUACCGUCAGACGAGGCUGUGGCCGAGAUGGAGAAGCUACUCAUUGGUAAAAUCAUUGCUGCGGCAUGGAAAGGCUCGCAUCUGGAGAUCUCGUCGACCAUCCGAGAUGUUGUUGACUCUGUGCUGUACGAUAAAAGCAUCGAUACCGCAAAAGCCCUUGAGCGUGCUGAGGCUCUAAAGAUGAUUGGAGAGAUAUUCAAGAACACUCAGCGGUCGAAGUGGGAGGCUGAGGAGGCUCGUAUCUUCGAGGAGCUUGUGGCUGAGGCCACCCAGAAACGCGCUAAAUAA